UUAGUCACAUUUUCCAGAGUACACCGCAAGCACGCAAAUCGUGUAAUUUUUAUACGAAAUUAAAUUUUAAACAUGGACGAAGAAAAUACUAAGCCACCUAAACAAAAAAAAAGUAAAGGCGAUAGGAAAGAUAGUCGCGGCAGAAAGGAGUCGGAUGCGGCUCAAGAUGAAAUAAAAAAAUUUAAAGAGAAUUUACUGCAAUCGGUUUCAGACGGAGGUUCUAUAUUCACCGAUAGUCCUUCUGAACUAUUAGUACCGCCGCCGAGGCCUAGAUCCGGAUCUUACGCUAGAGACGCGCUGGAAGUGUCGGCGAAUGUGCUCUCGGAACUUGAUGAAAACAAGAUUUUCGAAUUAAAAGAGGCGUUUCUUCUCUUUGACCUGAACGGUGACGGUUACAUCGAUCACAAUGACCUGCGAGGCACCUUCGUCAGUCUUGGGGAAAGUGUGGACGACCGAGCCGUUAAGACGAUGCUUUCAGAGGCAUCAAACCCUUUGGACUUUGACGCGUUUGUGAACCUACUUGGAUAUAAGAGCCUUGAGCUAGAUUCCGAGGAGACCCUCGUCGCGGCGCUGUCUCGGUGGGACACGGAGAACACUGGCUAUAUAUCUGAAGAAAGAAUCCGCCACGAUUUGAUGACGUGGGGUGAUCGAUUUACAGAGAAGGAGGCUGAUUACGCCUUGGACGAGGCACCGAUGGUGUUGGACAAGAACGGCUACAAUCUCAUUGAUUACAAACAGUUCUGCAGCAAACUUUGCGGCCUGAAGAAACCGAACAAGGAAGUCCUCCAAGUGCAAGACUGAUUUUCUGUUAGAAACUUCUGGAAAAGCAAACCAGUAGCCGUUCACUUUUACUGCUAACUUCUGCUUUAUUUAUAACGUGAUUUUUUUGUUUUCAUACAUUGCUACUUCGAAAUAUUGUUAUAGAAUCUAUGUUAUUCAUGAAAUGCGGCUUUUUAAUCUUAGUUAAAUUGUAAAAAAAACAAACAGUAAAUGUUUUUCGCGUUCAUAAGAAAAAAUAAUUGACAAUUACGUUUAUAAAUGCCAUUUGUGUUUUCAAAUAUAUUUAAAUAACGUUAAGGCUUUGAAGCUUUGGUUAUCUUUCUAUUCAAUUAUAAUUAAUCAUAAUGAGUUUCCUCAACAACCUCUGUUUUACCUUUUCGCUUUGUGGAAAUUAUUUAUGAAUUUAUAAUGCCUAAAGAUUGCAUUAAUUCAAAUUUCAAUAAGAUGACUUUUCAAUUUUCCCCCGAGAAUUCGUUUCUACUCAACACAGCCUUAAAAGUUAACUUAAAAUUAUCAAAAGUUCAGAGCCGUUUACGCUUCAAAUAAUUUUGUCUCUGGGAACAUCUUUAUCGAUCCGAUGUAAUUGGCUUUGUGAAAACAAAGUUAUUAAUUUAAGCCAAUGAAUCGUGGGAAAUUAUUACAAGCUAAAUGCGAGUAAAACAUCUUUAUGAUCAAGAAUUGUGCCUCGUUUAUUAAUGUAUCAGCUGCGCCCCGCGGUUUCUCUCACGUAAGUCCCAUAAGAAUAUCGGGAUAAAAAGUUGCCUAUAAGUUAUUCCAGUUGUCCAUCUUUCUACGCACCAAAUUUCAUUGCAAUCGGUUCAGUAGUUUUUGCGUGAAAAAGCAACAAACACACUCACAUCCUUACAAACUUUCGCAUUUAUAAUAUUAGGAGGAUUAGUAGGAAGUUUGGGGUGAACGAUAUUGUCAUGGGUGUUAUUAUGAAAUGCUUACUUACAAGAUUGAUGCAGUGACCCAAAGUAAGUCCUGGCCUCAGACAAUAAGAGCCUCAAUUUGACACUAUCAUGCGCCAUCUUUAUUAUGAAAUACGAAAUUAAAUUGCGCUGUAUUAGUCAUCUAUGACAUAUGAGCAAAUCUCGAAUGAUCUACUUCAUCUACAUCACGCUUAAUUUAUUAAAAAAAUAAUAAUAGAGCUUACUUACUUGUUUUAAAGUAUGUUCAUAA